ACACAACUAUGAAAGAACACUUGGAUAAGGAAUCAUUUGAAGGAGAGGAACAUGCCAUUGAACUAUCGACGCUUGAAUCCUAUAGUGACGCUUGUGGGGAUCUGGAGGAUGGUGCCAUGGUUGAAGGGGAGGGGAUCUUUCGCAAUGGGUACAUGCCAGUGGGAUCCUACCGAUUUUCUCGCUAUCCAAUUAGAAUAGCAUGUGCUGUUUCGUUCAUAGUGGCGGUGCUACUGUGUGUCGGUCUUCUUGUGAUUCCCAAAAACGAUACCAAGCCACAGAAUCAAGAGCCAGAAGAACACCCACCCUACACGUCCGUGGACUAUCGAACACACACCAAAGCCACACCCACUCCUACGGUAGCACCGACCUUGGACUAUUCGGUCCUACCACAGAACCUAUCCGAUUGCAUUCAGAGUCGAGACCGACUCUUGGCAGCCGUCGAUGCCUAUCUGUUUCUCAAAUUCAGCCGCCAAAAUCAAACGACAAAUCCACUAUCCAUCUCAAACUGGUGCGUUCAUUCCAUUCAAGACAUGCGACACCUUUUUGAUUACGACCGAAAUCCACUAGCUAGUCAGUACAACGAGCCACUGAAUCACUGGAAUUUCAGCAGUGUCAUUCAUUUCACCCAAUUCUUUCAAGGAGCCAAAUCGUUCAAUCAGCCGGUAGAUAUAUGGGAUACCUCUAAUGCCAUUUCAUUCAAGGGCAUGUUCUUUGGUGCGGACACCUUUAACCAACCACUGAAUGCCUGGGAUACUUCUCGAGUUGAAACCAUGUCAUCCAUGUUUCGCUCAGCAGACUCCAUGAAUCAACCACUCGAUCAGUGGAAUGUCAGCCAGGUAUUGGAAAUGUCCCACAUGUUCGAUGGCGCCAAGACGUUCAAGCAGAAUCUGUGUUCUUGGGAACCACAGCUAGCUCCCAAGAUGGAUCAUCGGCUAAAACUUGAUUCGGUGUUCUUGGGUACCCAGUGCCCCACCAAGAUGGAUCCCCUUGUUGUCCGUGAUGGAUAUGAUGAUGCUACUGAAGCACCAAUUGUUCAUCUGGAUCCUGCGGGACCGUUUUGUUUCACAUGUCAUGAUCGGAGGCUCUCCUAAUAGAAUGGUGCGGAUUGACUUUGGAUAACAGAACAAAAACAUCUCAGUGUUGGAAAUUGCAUAACUGAGUGUAUGACAGAUUUGUUUUUCUAACUCAAUAAGGUUUUUGAAUCAACCACGUUGGA